GACACAUGUAGAGCGGCCCUUGGAGUGGGAUUUUCUUUUAAAAAUCCAUGGCGAAAGGGUGGGCGAGGGAAAUACUUUUAGCCACCUCUAUGCAGAAACCAGGGCUCUCGUUUUCUAUGGGAGCAGAGAAGUGCCGCGCCAAGACACUUCGGCGUCUCUCUGGCGGACGACUCCUCUGACCUUUGCGUCAUAGAAAUAAGAAACUGCAGAGCCGUGCGACUGUGAGAACAGGAUGUUGGACGGUCCCUUGGUUUGAUCCAGCAGGCUCUUCUUAUGGCAGGUGACCCAACAGUGCCGCCUACUUCUAAUGCUGAUCCUACGUGCCGCACCACCGGCAAAACAAUAGUGAGCAGAGGAACCUGCUUUACAUCAGAGUAGAACCUUGGUCCACCCGUCCUAGAUGCUACUCAGUUGAGGGUAUUUCUUCCCCAAAGCUGCUGCUGCUUCUUUGGCGAUCCCUCGUAGCCGAGUAAGAUUGUCUCCCAUAAACAGAGUUUUAACAAUGGGUCCGUAAGUGACUGUGGAGGCCAAUUCUGGAUCCACACGUCCUUCCACAGUGGGGAUAUUGAUUUCCAGGCGGGAGUUGAUCAUGGUGUGGAUUUGCCAAGCGUGCCUUCCUCUUAGCACAUUUCUCCCUUGCGUUCUUAGUUCGAGUGUCUUCAAAGCCCAUGACACCUUUGGUAAAGGCUGUUCUCCAACUGGAGCACUUGCAGGCCAGUGUUUCCCAGUUGUCGGUGUUUAUACUACAUUUUUAAAGAUUUGCCUUGAGACAGCCUUUAUGCCUCUCUUCUUGACCACCGGCAUUACACUUUCCAUUUUUAAGUUCAGAAUAGAGUAGUUGCUUUGGAAGACGAUCCCCAAAGCUAUCCCGCCCCAAGCAUGUGAAAAGGGUUGUCAUAGAUUAUGGGGUUCCUUGACCAAGAAACCCCCAGAAGUCAGUGAGACAUGGAGGCUGACCUCUGACGCCAAAAAUAGGGAACCGUAAAGGCCUUGUAGUCACUAAAGGUGGUCCUUCAUAAUCGUCACCAGCAACAGGGCAACCAAUACAUAGCUAUCAAGUUAUCCCUUUUUUAAAGGGAUUUUCCCUUAUGCUGAAUAGGCUUCCUCGCGAGAAAAGGGAAAACUUGGCAGCUAUGAACCAAUAGAGACACACAUCUGGAUAAUCCAAUCCUGAAACAUACCUUCACCACUUAGAAACUAUGGUCUUAAGUGGUAUACUUGUAUAAGAUAUUCUAAAAACUGAUAACAGCAUCUGUCCCACCCUCUGCUCAGGCAACACACCAUCAACACCAUCAACAGGGCUUCAUUCACCAAUGUGAUAAUUUAUUUUUUACAUUUAUAUACCACUCUUUCUCCAAGGAGCUGAAGGCAGUGCACGCAGUUCCAUUUUAUCCUGACAACCUUAGCCUGACAGAGACAGUAACUGGCCAGUGAGCUUCAUGUUUCAGAAGGGAUUUGAACCUGCAUGUCUGGUCCAAUUCCAAGGCUCUUGCCACCAGACUACACCACCCCAUCUGCCAUUGAUGCUGGUCAGCUGCCUCGAGAGGACACGCGGGUCAGCCUGUGCAAUGUCAUAAAUGGACAGAAAUUUGACAUACGAAAGUGCAACAUUUGACUGUUUCCGUCUCCUGGGAAAUUCUGCUGCUGAUCUGAAAGCUGCCAUUCAGCAAAGGAAAUAAGUGUGAAGCUUCUGAAUGGGAACUUCUCAGGAGAUACUGUAUGUUUCGAGCUGAAUCAAGACAAUCUUCCCACAAUAGAUGUUAGUCAAAAUAUUAAAAGCUUGAAAGCUUGUGUUAUCACACAUUCCUCUAGUUACACAGCUCUCCGAGAUCCUUUUUGAGACGAGGCAACUUCAACAAUUGAUUCAAACUACUGGAAAGGUGAUUCCAACUACUGUACAUAUUAAGGAGAACUUUCUGACAGUGAGAGCUGAUUGCCAGUGGAACGGACUCUCUCAGAAGAAAAACAUCACCAUCUGCUGGAUGUCAAAGCAGCACAGCUGAGGAUGCCUCGGCUGCUACCAUUGGCUACAGACUGUGACAUCACAACAACAUGGCAUUGCCCAGCCAGGGGAACAGGGCAGGCCCUUCCCAAGAUGCACAUGGGGUGUGCGGAUGGAAGAGAGAGAGGGGUCGGGGUGUCGGGUGCCAUCACACGGGAGGAAGAUGAUGUCACACAGUGAGGGGACCAGAGAGAGAGGUGUCGUGACGUCUGGGCAACCUUUCGUCCAUCGCAGUUAGAUAAACCGAUGGGAGCAACAGCCAGGUUCACCUGUCGCUUGUCGGAGACCAUUCAAAAGUAUUCCCUUAACUGGUACAAACUGGGUGAUGACAAGCAGCCAAAAUUACUGGACCUCGGAAAAAGGAAGUAUAACCCCACCAAGCUGAACGCGACGACCUUUGAAAUUAAAAUCUCGGACUUGGAGAUGAACGAUAGCGGGACCUACUUCUGUGCCCUCAUACGGCCCUCGAUGGAGUUGACAGAAAGCAACAGGGCCAACCUCACAGUAACAGAGAAACAACUCGAGCCUGGACUACCAUUGGAGGCGACGGAGCUUGGACUACCGUCGGAGGAGACAGAGCCUGGACUACCGUCGGAGGAGAGGGAGGAUCAUGGGGAGAUCCUCCUUGCUGUCGUCGGAGGAGUUGGACUGUUUCUGGUGCUCCCAAUCUUGUGUUACUACCUCUUUAACCUCAUCCAGAGAAGGCAAGAGGAAGAAAAACUGCAGGAUGAAAAUGCUCCCUUGGAAGAAGGCCCUCCUGCUGUGAGCGUAUUCACCGUGGAUUAUGGGGUGCUGGAAUUCCGGGGAGCAGACAGCGCUCAGAGAGCCCCCCACGAACGCUUCGCUUCUGACCAGACCGAAUAUGCCACCAUCAUCUUCCCCCCAGAAAAGACGGUCGCUGCCAAAGUAGGCAAAAAGACUAAGGAACCGAAGAACUGUCCCAGCAGAGCGCAGCCACACUGAAGGGGCGGAAGCAAAACCUCCCCCUUUUAAACUUUGCAUCCCCCCCCCGGACGAUUCCUCAAAGGUCCCGGGACCACAUUGCAAGCACUGGGGAUUCAUUUGCAAAGUCAGAGCAUGCCGGGGCUCAAGACCGCCUGGAAGCCGUAUCUUCUGCAUGACAACCCUUGCCAUUGCAUUGCAGAAGCACGCAGGCCGCACCGCACAUGCUCAGAGGCACUGUUGUUAUAGGACCAAACCCAGGCUCCUUGGGGGGGGGGAGCGAUACAGAUGAUGCCGGCCUAUACCCUCAAGUGCCAGUCUUGCCUCUGACUCGUAGUGACUCGCCAGAGCCUCACACCGAGAAGUGGGUGCUCUGCUGACUCGAUCUUACUAAGCCAACUCACUUCCUGGGGAAAUGUGUGUCUCUUUUGAUGACACGGAGAUUUCCAAAGACUGCAACAAACCCAUUUCUGGUCUGCUGCUGAUUCGUUUCGGAAGUCUGCCCUCAGAGUCCGCCAGGUGGAAAAAAGCGACUGGCAACUUUCCGACAGAGCUGGGACUUGUGUGCGUGGAAUCCGAUAACCGCAGAGCUGGAAGGGACCCGAGGGUCAUCUAGUCCAACCCCCUGCAAUGCAGGAAUCGCCAUUAAAUCUGGUGCUACUUCCUAAGCAUGGGCUUUGGGUACACAAUUCCUGGUGCUGUCAUUUACCUGGGGGUCCUGGGAAGACCCCCGUCCCUCUGCCCAACGCACGGCCUGGAGCAGGGUGGAGAGGAGGUUAAAUAAAAGAGGUAAGGGGAUGGGGGAGAGGCUGGAGCGUAGAGAAGAAAGCAAGAGAGAGGGAGCCACUAGACUAGGACUGGGGAGAGACCAGGGUUCGAAUCUUCCACUUGGCCAUGAAGCUCACUGGGUGACCUUGGGACAGUCACUGCUUCUUGGCCU